UGAAAAUGUGAUUGCCCUCACUUAAACUAUGUACUCUGAAGACCUAGUCUAACUGAAGAGUACUCUUGUCCCUGUGUGUGUUUUAGGACAGUAAGUGAUGAAGGACAGAAGAGUAGGUGAGCUGGUGUACUACCCCUGUAGUACACUGACUGCAGGUCCUCUGUCUGCAGCUGCCCAGAGGGUCAUGGCGGCACUGAGAGCUCAGUAUGCAGCCAGAAUAGACAGGAAACCACACAGUGAGUCAGGUUUAGAGAGAAAUUAUUCUGUGUGGUUAUUCUCCAUAAUCUGUAUUAGAGACUGCAAUAAUAUCAUGGCCUGUAUCCUACUGUUUGGAACCUGUAACAAGGGUCUUAUGUUUGUAUAUAGACAGAUGAAUAAUUCCUGGCUUAAUGUGAGCUUCAGCGAUCAUAGGGAAUUCAUGGUAAAUCUUCCUCAAUCUAACCUUGUAGAGAAACAUGGCUACAAGACCAAGCCACAACUUCACAAGGAGAGAGAAAGACAAUUAUUCAGACACUCCCCAGAGAUGGAGCUGCCUAGUCAGCAUGACCUCCAGCUGUUACAUGAUAGAGAUAACAGAUUUAAUCAAUGGGGAGCAGAUACCCAAGGUGAUUGGAGGCCAAGGGAUUAUGGAGAUGAUGGCAGUAUGUCAGAGUUCAAUCGUGGUAAUAAUAUCCGAGGUCCCAGCAGAACCCUUCCACAACCAGAUCCACAGGGAGAACAGCUUUUCACCAUGGAUGGUUUUAUUAACAGGGGAAACCCACAGGCUGUUGUAGGAUUACCGGAGGAAUGUAGUGAUAUCUUCAGUAAGAAGGAAGAAAUCCAGUUUUUGGCUUCUAGCAAAGAUGAAGCAAUAACUCACACCUCUCCUGUAAAGAGAUUGAGGUUUGGUCAUCUCCAAUUCCCCAUUGUCAUUUAUUCAAAACAGUUUGAAGGAAAUAAUUCGGGGCAGAAGAGGAAAGGUGGGGAAACAAAUGAUACCCCUGAAAAGAUGCAGGUUUGGAGCUUUGAAGAGAAACCGGAGAUAACUGAAGAAAGAGAAAAUGAUCAAAAUUCAGAAGGAGAAAUAACAAAGGAGUUUGAAAUUGAAGAGGGCUCAAGAUCUCUAGAAGACCAGAGUUACUUGAAAGACAUGCCAUUAUUCCAUAAGGAAAAUCAGAAAAUUUGUAUUUUCUCAGCUGAUUGUCAUGAUUUAGCUGCAAAUAGAACUCUAACUAAUAAAAGCCACCUGCCAGUUCAUCACACUUCAGUUUCAGUCAUAACCAGUAACUUUAUUCAGCACACAGAGGACAAAGAACAAGCAUCAGAGGCAAAGUCAGCCAAAGUGGAACAUGUCUCUCACAGAGCUGAGGUGUAUAUGCAUCAGUUUGGUAUGAAAAAUGACCAGAUGAAAACCCAGGAGUCUAGCAUAAAGCCUAAGCACAGUGAAGCUCCUAAAGUCACAGAAACACAUUAUGACCAGCCUGCCUUCUCACAGGUAGGUCAGAGUUCAGGAGUAGAGUGUAUAACUCCUCCAGCUAAGCAGUAUGGAAAGUGGCAGCCUCCUCAGACUUCACAUGGGACUCCUCACAUCACACUGCAGCAGGAGCCAUGCUCUAAUCAAACCCCCAGCAUCAGUGGAGACACUGAACUACAACAUGUUCACCAGGCACAGCAGAACAAAGGUACAAUGCCAUUUAUGUGCCCAUUGGAAAGCACUCAGAAUCAGGAAGCUGUGCCAGUACAGACAGCGACUCUUUUGGAACAAUGUAAGAAACCUACAGAAUCCAAAGUGGAAAUCUACUCUGACAUCCUUAAAGCCGCCUGGCAGAGGUGCUCUGCUUUAGAGGGGGAUGAGAAGAUACACCUGAAGAGGGACAGGGAUGUGGACAAGGCCUCAGACACUACCAAGCAAGCUCUAGCCCUAACCUCUCACCCCCUGGUGUGUGAUGCCAGCUGUCUUUCACAGGAAGAGAGGAUCUGUUUGUUGGAGGAGGCUGCAAGAGCAAGGGCACUGGUGGUUACAAUGGUUUAUCAAGAUGGAACCACACAAUUGGACCCUGAGCAGAAGUGUCCCCCUGCUGUGUGUGGAGUUUUGGUUAUGAUGAAAAAGAGUCUAGAUACACUUGUUCCGGAGGAUACUGGUGCUGCUGAGGAGAGGCUGCUGUUUUUGAGACUGGAACAAAGACCUAUUUGGGCUCAACAAGUCCCACAGCACACACAGGACCUAUUCACCAGAGAGAUACUGGUGAAGAUGGUGUGUGGAACCCAAUCUUUAAUCUGCUAUAAAUCUAAAGACCUCCUCCGAACAGCACUCAGACAUUUUAGCAAGCAUCUGAGCUGGAAACAAGUGGCCAAUUGUCAGGUGUUGGAUCCCCAGAUUGCUGCCUGGUUACUAGAUCCUGCUGAUUCUGCUUCCUGCUUUCAGGACCUUUUUAAUAAGUACUGUACUCGGCCUACCUUACACACCCCAGCACAGGCUGAGCUCAGAUACAAGAAGGCAAGCCAUGUAAUCUCCAGCCUGUCUCACCUACACAGGGUGAUGGUGGAGCUCCGGAACAAGUUGGAGACACAGGGUCUGUGGCAGCUCUACUUCUGCAUGGAACAGAAGACGAUUCCCAUUUUAGCAGCUAUGGAGAGUCAUAGGAUCCAUGUGGACAGAGAUGCCUUAAAGAGGACAUCAGAGAUGCUUGGAAAUAAGAUAAAGCAUUUGGAGCAGGAGGCUCAUCAGACAGCCGGUCAGAAGUUCCUGGUGUCUAGCAGUUCUCAGCUUCGACUGGUUCUGUUCGAGAAACUCCGCCUGCAUGAUCGCUGUGAGAAUAAGAAGCUACCCAAAACCAUGCUCAAACAGCAGCAGUCCACCUCAGAGGCUGUGCUCUUACAACUACAGGACCUGCACCCUCUUCCCAGAAUCAUUCUGGAAUACAGGCAGGUUCACAAGAUCAAGUCUACAUUUCUGGAUGGGAUUCUGUCAUGUAUGACAAAGUCGUUCAUCUCCUCCACAUGGAAUCAGACGAGUACUGUGAGUGGUCGACUGUCGGCCAAACAUCCAAAUUUCCAGGCUCUGCCCAGGCAGCCGGUACAGAUUUCUAAGAAGCAGCGUGGUGAAGGAAAGGAGGCGGAGCUGGUCACUGUUCACCCACGGGCCAUGUUCAUACCCCGAGAAGGCUGGACUUUCCUUUCUGCAGAUUUCUGUCAGGUGGAGUUGCGUCUGUUGGCUCAUCUGUCGUCUGACCCUGAGCUCUUGAGAAUCUUCCAGAACCCUGAAACAGAUGUUUUCAACAUGCUCGCCUCUCAGUGGAAAGGUGUAAGUGAGGACAGAGUAAGUGCAGAGGACAGAGAGCACGUUAAACGCAUCGUCUAUUCUGUGGUCUAUGGAGCUGGAAAGGAGCGUCUCUCUGGUAUACUGGGUGUGAGUGCUGAAGAUGCCAGUCGUUUUCAGGACAGUUUCCUGCAGAAGUACAAAGGGGUGCAGGCUUUUAUCCAGUGCACCGUGCAGCAUUGUCACAAAUAUGGUUAUGUAAAGUCCAUAAUGGGCCGGCGCCGUUCCCUCCCUCAUAUCUAUUCAACAGACUGGAGCAUCCGGAACCAGGCAGAAAGACAAGCUGUCAACUUUGUCGUGCAAGGUUCUGCUGCAGAUCUCUGUAAAAUGGCCAUGAUACACAUCUGUUCACUUGUGGCUUCUUCCAGCACUCUGAGCGCCAGGCUGGUGGCUCAGAUCCAUGAUGAAUUGCUCUUUGAGGUAGAGGACACACAGGUGGAGUACUUUGCAGAGCUGGUGAAAAACACAAUGGAGUCCCUUCAGCACAUCAGUUGUCUUGGAGUCAGUCUUACAGUUCCUCUCAAGGUCUCCGUGUCUACAGGACGUUCAUGGGGCUCCAUGUGUGAAGUCGGUCUCCCCCACGCUGCGACCACACACCAGUCAGAUUGAGCCGCUUUGAGGUUUCUCAGUGCCAGUCUUUCUCUAAGCUGAAACCCAUCUCCAUGGAAACUGGGCUGCUGCAGCUCCCGGUUCUCGUUCCUCGCUUGCUGUAUCCGGGGGCAACCGUAGAAGCCUAGACUGGAUUGCGCCAGUUUGUGCCUUUCUCUUUCUUCAUGAAUUUGUCUCUUUUCACCACUACUAAUCCAUUUUUGUUCUGUACCACGCUCUCUGUCCAUCUCUCAUCCAGUCCAACUUGCAUGUUUUUGUACUCGUCAUUGAUUUAACUGUUCGCUUAAGGAUUUUACCAGUCAUUCAGUCUGUUAUCGUCCCUGUUAUGACAAGAUAUGUUCCGAGUUCAACCGAACAUAAGUUCACUGAAAAUGUUACAGUGCCAGUUUUAUCUCUGAGUGUCGUUAUGUCUGCCUUCUCUUACUGCAGUUCCUUGGUAAUUGCAGUAGUGAUAUUGUUACCAUGGUGGAAGAUUACCGGAAAAAA